AUGGGUGUUUCAAACGGGUUAGAUACAGACAGCUUUUUUUCAGGGUCUUCAGACUUAUCUGAUAAUGCAACAGAAGUUGUUGAGUCGGUACAUUCCCUGCAAACCGAUAGUAAUUUACUCAGUUUUUCUGAUAAAAAUGGGCUGAAUUUGGGACAAACUAGACGAUAUGAGUUAAGCUCAUUCCAUUCAUCCUCAGAUCAGAGUCUUAAAAGAGGAACAAUCCACGCAAUUGAACUCCACAACUUUAAGAGCUACUUUGGAACAGUUCUAAUAGACAAAUUUGCCUCAUUUAACGCAGUAAUAGGCCCUAAUGGCUCAGGAAAAUCUAAUUUAAUGGACGCAAUAUCGUUUGUACUGUGUAUAAGAACUUCAACACUGAGAGGAAGUAACCUCAGAGAUCUGAUAAACAAAGUUCCAGACCCAUCAGAUCCGCUGGACAAAAGAUUCGCCUAUGUUGCACUCACACUCAAAGGUGAUACUGAUUUCUCAGUAUUCAAACGCGUAAUUAACCCAAAUGGACACAUCUCAUAUAUAUAUAAUAAUAAUGUGAUAACAUUUAAAGGAUAUACUGAAGCAUUGCAUGAAUAUAAAAUAAAUACGCUGGGUUCAACUGGAUUAAUAUUUCAGGGUUCAGUAAAUGAUAUCAUCUCAAGAACGCCUUUAGAACUUACCAAAUUAUUCGAAACCAUUUCUGGAUCAGCAUUGUAUGAGAAACCGUAUGAUUAUAUAAAGGAAAAGGUGGAGAAGAUGAGGAUGGAUUAUAAGAAUUUGUUAUUGAAGAAGAAGAAUCUGAACAACGAGUUGAAACAGCUUAAAACCAUGGACUCUACUAAUAAGAAAUACCACAAAAUAUUAGAAAACUAUAACGAAACGUUGGUGAAUAAAAAUGUUUGUCAAUUUCAAAUCCUAGAAAGCAAAUUCAAAACCUCAACCAACAAAUACUUUUCAUUAUUAAAUGAGUAUAAAGAAGUGGUGAAGAGAUAUGAGAAGACCAAUAAGUUGAAAAACGAAUUCGAGGAGAAGUUAGCUAAUUUGUACUAUGAGCAAGGGAAGCUGAACAGACAAAUUCAGCAGAAAACACAAAUACUCAAUGAUAUGCGCAACUCAAUGACGGACUUCUUCUCUAACAAAAUUUCACUAGAGAAUAAAGUUGAUAGCUUGGAGUCAGUAAUUAAAUCAAGUACCGAUGAUUUGGCAGACCUGAACUCACAGUAUGAUGAAUUGAAAAGAGCUAAAAGAGAACUUGAGUCUGAAAUCAAGUCACUAAACGAAGAAUUAGAGUUAUCACAGAAAGAUUCAUUUACACUUACAAUGUCACAGAUGGAUGAAUUUAAUAACUACCUCAAAGAUUUCAACUCAUUAACAUCAAAUAAUAAAGCUAAUAUUAAGAUAAUUCAAAAUAAUAUUAACCAAUUCACAACAAAACUCAAAUCAGUGAGAAGUAGAUUGAAGGGAAUUAAAACACAGGAGGACCAAGUGGUGGGGAAUUUAGUAAAGUAUACAGAAUUGAUCGAGGAAUCGGAAUCGAAAAUGAGGGAUUUCAGAGUAUCAUUGGACGAUUUACAACGUAAUUUGAAUGGGUUGAAGCUAAGAAAGGAGAAAUUAGAGGAAAAUAAAGUUGAAUUAGAGAAUAAAAAGGAAAAUUUUAGCCAGAAGGUAAAUUCAUUAAGUGUGUUAAAAAGUGAGUUUAAUCACAAGUUUAAGAGGUCAGCAAUGAAUAAUGAGAUGGUAAAGUCAGUAUCAGGAGUGUUUGGAGAGGUCUUGUCACUAUUCGAGCUGACAAAUGAGGUGUAUUCAACAGCAGUAAUGGCGUCGCUGGGUUAUAGAGCGCAUGCAAUAGUGACCAAAGAUUACCAAACUAUUUCAAAGUGUAUUGAAUUUCUUAAGCAGAAAAAGGCAGAAAAAAGGGAUUUCAUCUCACUCCAAAGACUUAAAUCAGAUAAAUCAAACACUAGAAGACAAGUGUCACAACUAUUGAGAAGGUUCACUAAACUCAAUUAUGCAUUCGCAAUUGAUUUAAUUGAACCUACAGAUAGCAGUGUAGGUAGUGAUUUGUUUGAGUAUUUGGUGGGAGACACUGUGAUUGUGGAUAAUUUAGAUGAAGCAGAGAGAGUGAUAAGUUUAAGACAGAACAGAGUUGAAGGAGGAAAUUUACAGUUUAACAUAGUGACUUUGAAAGGGCAAAUGAUAACAAGGAAUAGAACAAUAAUAGUUGGGUCAAAUUUUAACAUUAAAAACAGUGAGAUGGAACUAGAGUUAAACAAAUAUAACAAGUACAACAGUUUACUAAAUGAAGUUGAAAAGGAGUUACAGUUCAAUUCAGAUGAGAGUAAAAAGAUUGAAACUGAGCUUUCAAGCGGUUACGAUAAGGUCGAAAGGUACAAGAGAAAUUUACAGAUUUUAACAACGAAAUUAGAAUAUUUAAAAAAACAUAAAGAGACGUUGGAUUUACAAAAGAGAGAAUUUUCAAACGAGUCUAACAAAUUAUCAACAGAGUUGAAAGGUUUAGAAGAUAAUGUAAAUGAGUUGGAAAGCAAGUUAUCACGUGAGAAUGAACAGUUGGAAAAGAUGAAAGCUGAACAUUUUGCACCACUGAAUGAUAAGUUUGGGGUAUCAAAUGUAUAUGAAUUAGCAAUGUCAAGAGAUGAUAAAUUUAACAAAAUAAAUGAUAGUUUAAAAGGGAAAAACGUAACUCUGACCAGAUACCAGACAGACUUAUUGGAGUUGGAGCGUAAAAUCGAGGCUGUAAAUAAGAAAUUGAGUGAGUUGAAAUCUGAGUUAACGUUGGUUAAAACCCAGUUAGCUGGUUUGAAGGAGAAUAAUUUGUCAUCGUGUGACGGAAUUGAGUCAGUUCAGUCUGAAAUAGCAUCACUAAAACAGACGUUAGAAGGUUAUGUAACUGAAGUUAACGCCUGUAACGAAGAGUUAAAGAAACUUACGAAUACUGAUGACAUUAACAAGUUUGAUGCCUUACAGGAGAUAAACCUAAUGAAGGAAGAAAUACAUCAACUCUAUACUCAAUCUAUUGCGUUGACAGAGUACUGUAAAGUACAUAAUUUGCCCUUAAGAUUCUCAAUUACUCCCAAAUCACAAACUGAAACCAUAAAUUUAGAAGAAGAAAUGGAACGAAUUGUAUUGGAGUUUCCAUUACUGUCAAAUGCUGACGAGUUUCCAAAGUAUUCAAACAAAUUAACGGAUUUGGAAUCUGAGUAUAAUUUGUUGACAGAGACACUUGGUAGUUUGCAGAAAUCUUUGAUGAACCUGAGAUCAUACAGUGAUUUGGAAGGUAAAAUUGAGUCUACAAGUUCAGAAUUAUCGUCUUUGGAUAAGGAAAUUGAAGAAGUUAAGGUACAGUUGGUGAAGUUGGAAUCGGAUUUUGAAAAAAUAAGGCGUGAAAGAUCAGGGUUGUUCAUUCACUGUUUCCAAGCAGUGAAGGAAAAUUUGGGUCCAAUUUACGGAAAAUUGUCCCAAAAUGAAGAAGGAGCAGAAGGUCAAGCAUUUUUGACCCUUGACGAUGUAACUUCUGGGUCUGAUUCAGAGCCAUUUAACAGGGCCAUAAGGUACAAUACAAUCCCACCCAUGAAAAAAUAUUUGAACAUAAACCUUCAAAGCGGAGGUGAGAAGGCAUUGUCUUCAAUCGCGCUCUUACUUUCACUCCACAAUUACAGAGACUCGCCUUUUGUUGUUUUAGAUGAAAUUGACGCAAACAUUGAUUCAGUAAAGUUGAAAAAUCUUACUAAGUUCUUGAUGGAAAGCACGUUCCAAGUAAUCAUAAUCUCACUUAAGGAUAAGCUGUUUUCAAAGGCUCAGAGACUAAUUGGAGUCUAUCGUUCUCACCCCUUAUGCACAUCAAAGUGCUUGGUACUCAACCUCGAAAAUUAUCCACAAGAUGAUGAAUAA